UAAUGCAUUGCGCAUAAAUGGCCGCCAUGUUGCUGCCGUCUGAAAGAUGUUCGCAACUGUGUGUGUUUACUAAUGAAUUUUAAGAACUUAAAUAGUUAAAUUACUGUGUUUGUGAAAUUGUGAGUGUACAAUGGUUUUAUAUUUCAUGUAUUAUAGUGAUUGAAAGGUCUAUCAAAUGUCUCUGAAGCCAAUAAACAGUGAAAUUUUCUUUAGAUAGUCAUUCGGUUCGGACGGCAUAAUGGCUGACAAUCUGAUUCAAAAGUCACAUAAAACUAGUGAGAAAAACAAGUAUAACAACGUUGUUCACCGUACGACGAGUGAAUCUCUUCGACUGAACGAGUCGGAGAAGGGAGUGACUCACCCGACGAGUCUGCAAGCCGCCCAUAACCCAAGGAAAAUAUCUUCAUUUCAGAUCACCAGUGUGACGGUCGGCUCUCGAGUGAGCACUGAUGCUGGCGAGGACUCCGCCGACGAUCUUGAUGAAUCUCACACCGACGACAUAUCGAGAGUGACUGACAUUGAGAAUGAAACGCCUAGUUAUUCCGAGGAUACCUUUUCGAAAGAUGAUGUGUUCUACAACGCGUCGAGUGCAUCAUUAGGUUGCGCCCCCGUCAUCCCGACCAGCUCGCAGUACGGUCUCGCGAUUGUCGGUCAAGACAACGCUAACAACCAGAUAGGAGGAGCAGUGCCAAAUAGUAAUAAUACAGAAGGGUCUGACAUGCAUGUCAGUGUUACAAACGCCGGAACUGGCAGCAUUAUCAAUCUCAUAGGAAAUGCUAAACCCCAAGAAGGUAUGAAAGAAAUACAAGAACAUGUUAGGAAUGAACGGUUUAAAGUUGUGAAAAUUGAGAGCACGGAACCUUUCCGUAGGGGUCGAUGGAUGUGCAUGGAUUACUUGGAUCACACUACUACUCAGCAGAAUGCACCUAUCACAUUAAACAAUAACUUGGAUGUGACGGAGACUAAUGCGCUGCAGGCUCCUGACAGUGGUGUGGUGAUUAAUGAUAGUCAGCAUGAUGAAGUGUCCAAUGAUCUGACUAAUAAAGGGCCUAAAGACAUGCAAGGUAAUGCACCGUCUGUGCAGCAGCUGGAACAAACUCUUCAGAAACAAUUUCCUAUGGCUUCCCCUGGGCAAUCAUUGACCCAGCCUAUUAAUGUAGUACAGCAACAAAUGCAGCCUGUUUCUCAGUCAGUAUCAGUGCAGUCACCACCUUUAGAAAUGCCACAACAGAUGCCAAAUCCAAACAUGCAGGCGAAUCAGCAAGUGGGACAGCAACACCCUCAAAGUAUGACACACAUCACUUUGCAAAAUGCUGCACAAAAUCAUCCGCAGCAGACGCAACAACAACAAGUGCAACAAAUCCCGCAAAGUUUUCCUCAACAUCAGUUACAACAGGUCAUAGCCCAAUCUCAGGGCAUGGCAAUGCAACAGAUUCCAAUGCACCAGCAAAUGCCGCAGCAGAUGCAACAGAUACCUAAUCAGCAAAUGCAGCAAAUGAGUCAACACAUGCCUCAGGCACAAAUACCUAAUAUGCCACAGAUGCAGCAACAAAUGCCUCAAAUGCAGGCAAUGCCCAAUCAAGGACAGAUCCCUCAAGUGGCUACUCAGCAACCUCAGAUGCAACAAAUGCAAAUGCAGCAAAUACAAGGCCAGCCAAAUCCUCAAAUACAUAUGCAACAGACACAAAUGUCCAACAUGGGUCAAGCUCACCACCUGCAGGGACAGCAGACAAUGGGUGCGCAACAACCCCAACUUCAGCAUUUGCCUAGCCAAGCUCAGAUACAAGCUCUGCAAAAUCAACAAAUACCUAAUCAUAUUCAACAAAUGCAGAUGCCUUCUCAACUCACUGGAGCUAAUCAACAGAUUCAACAAAUGCAGCCUCAAAUGCAUCAGCUGCCAUCACAGCCCCAGCAGUCAGUGGUCCCUGGCAUGCACCCUCAAAUGCAACAGCCGGGGAUGUCAGGAGUACAGCAACAAUACAAUCAAGCGGUUAAUCAACAGUCUCAGCAAGCUCAGUCCAUGAUUAAUGCGAGUAUGCCUUCAUCACAACAGCAGAUGGUACAGCCUCAACAUAGUGUUCCUCAAUACCAUGCUCAACAAUCACAGAUGAGUCAACAAGGCCAAACAAUGCCACAAGAGGUGCUCACAUCUAUUGUUACAUCACAGCAAGGUGCAACCCUUCCUUCUAAUCUUCAACCUAUGCCUUCGCAACCACAAGGCUCAACAUUGCCUGCGAAUCUCCAAAGUCUUGCUGGUCAACAGCAGCCUACAACAGUGCACACUAUUGCUCCUCAGCAAGGGAAUGUGCCUCAAGGGAACAUGCAGAUGAUGGCUGCGGCUCCACAGAAUAUGCAGAUGACUCUAGACGGGAAUCAGCCUAGUAUGCAGAUACCCGCCUCAGAUUCUAUAUUCAUGCAGCCAACGAAUGUCGGUCAGCAAAUGCCAGUCGGCCAGCACAUGGGGCAACAAAACCUGUUGCCGCAGCAGGUAGGCGGGCAGGGUCAAAUGGGCGGCGUGCAAUACGUCGCCAACCAGCCGGUGGCGCAGGUGUCAAUGGCACACCAGAACAUUCCGAUGUCUAUGCAGCCAAGCAUGCCGGUCGGUAUGGGCGGCGGGGUUCACCCGAACGUGGUGCAGUCCCAGACCAGCAUGGGUCUGGGCUAUGGCGGCGUGGUGCCAGUCAUGUCGCAGAGUAGUGUCGCGCCAGUGGAGGCGACCGUGUCGGGGACUAACUCGCCGGUGGUGUCGAUGCCGGUGAGUUCUACUGCGUACGUGGCGAACACGGCGCAGCCGGGCCAUGACAGUCAGGGCUUCGGUAGCCCAGUUAGUGCGGUGUCUCACGCGAUCAGUGGCGCAGUGAUGAGCAGUGUGAAUGUGAAUGCGUGUGAUAAUGGUGCUCCAGAUGUGUCCACCGAUACGCUGCAGGCCGGCGACACCGGGGAUGGCAAGGAUGAGCCGCAAGCUGCUCCACCGCCAGAGGAUGAAAGGUACUAUAACAGUCUGCGCCACACACCGAGACCGUGAGUCAUUCGUUGAUAAAUGACGCCUGCUGACGUAUCGUAAAAACAUUGACACUAUUAUCAUUCAAUAUAUUCCAAUCAAUUAUAAAAACAAAGCGAAAAUUUAAAGAGGUUAAUUAUAAUUAAUUAAUGAAAUAUUUGGAACGCAAUUCAUACAGAUACUAUCUGUUUAAAAUCGGCUUUGUUUCCUAAAAGGGUCAGUAACCGAAUCAUCCUAGCUGUCAAUCCUUUUUAAACCACCUCCUGAUAGAACAGAUUAAGAGUGUGACGUUUUAAUUUUCAUCUGGAUUGUAUAUCCGUUCAAAAUAGUAAAGCAAAUCUGUUGUUUUGUAGUAGACUCUAUGUCAGUGUCCAACGGUAACUGAUUCCUUUAGGAGCAACUACCGUACUGAUGAUGGUGUCAUAAAGCUUUGAUGCGAACCGUCAGCUCGAACUUUUUAUGUCAAACCAAAUUGUAUAACGUCGUCGUUCCUACUGAGGUCUCAUUCUUGUCUAAAAUCUUAAAGUAUGUCGUGUCUUAGUACAUUUUUUUAACGGCCCAUUAGCUUUUUACUAGUGACUCAUACAGUGUAUUAGAAACGAGCACAAUCUAAUUUAAGCAGAAUUUAUCUUAUUGUCGGAGAUCUCAUAAGUAAAAGUUCCGAACUACGCCAACGAUAAAUAUUAAAGCUGAAAGACCCCUGUUAUUCAGGAGUCGCAAAGAAUUUUAAUACGUUAUGACGCGGCGCCCAUGAGAAGACCCCAAAAGUCACUUAUCUGAAAUUCAAUAACGACCUUUUGCGUUCUCUCAAAUGUUCAUUAUCUCUAUACCUUUGUGGGCCUAAAUAAAUAUUGCGAUUUAAAAAGUAUAGCAUGUAAUGGCUAACGAAAUACGCAGUAUGUUCCACAUUUUUACCGUCUUAUUUUUGUCAGUAAAGGAUUUCUCUAGGAAACGUUUGCGUUAUACAAUUUGUUCAGUGCGUACGUGACUUUAGGUUGAUUUGCAAAUCUUUGUAAAACAUUCAAAAUCCAAUAUAUUAGAGCCAUGUUUCGCUAAAUUGUAAUUAGGAUUAUCGUAAAACGUCCGCAAAACCAGUUGGUUUUGAUGGUUUUAGGAAACGACGGGUUCGACGCGUUAAUGAUUCACGGAAUCGGUUUUAAUAGGAUUUUUUACGGUGAACGUUUUGUAGCUUAAUAUUUUGUGAUAAUAGUUUAUAGAGACGUAGAUAUAAAAAGCAAAACCUGAUUUUCGUCUAAUAAUGCUAAAAGAUUUCCUGUAAAUAAAAAUAUUCACACAGUGCUACUUGGUAAACCUCAUGAUCAGGUUUUGCUUUUCAUUAAACUAAGUAUUUAUAAUGAUCGUUUUGUUUCCGAUAAAUUAGGGUUUCUACACAGCGAGCGUAUUUGCAGUUUGUGUCAUAACGCCAUUCAAUAGAUCGACCUUUGUUUUUGUAAAUUUUUUCAACACCGACAAUGCAACACCUGGCAUUGCAAGGUGCGCCUGUCUAUCGGGUUCGUUGGCCUUUUUGCGUUGUACAGGAAAAUUAUGGAUGGCGUUACGAAACAUAUAAGCCUUUUUAGUGCUAUCUUGUUAUCCUGUGCCCCCGCCAAGAGAAGCCUUCGUGAGCAGAUCGUCCUCAGGGUUUGAAGUCCUACAUGGUUUGUUGGCAAGGCUACCACAUUUUGUUUUGAUUUGUGUUAAGUUUUUUUUAUUUUCGCGUUCACACUCGACUUACUAUCAUGUUCAUUCGACUAAUAACCUAUUUUUAAGUACUAAAAUAAUUAAUUUACUUUGAGCUGCCGAUUACUCUAAUUUAAUUUUAUCAUUUUGAAGACUUGUUAGUUUUGAUACGCAUAACGCCAUCUAGCGUCGAGUAGCAAACGCAAAGUAUGAAGUUACACGUUUUCAUGACGGUCAUUAUGACGUACUAUAGAUUAAAAUUCAAGUAAUUAAUACUAAUACAGUGAUGUUACGUCUUAAUAAGUUAAAAAAGACAACCUAC